UAAUGUAUCUUUCUAGGACAAAAAUAAUUUUAUUUUACUUAUCUUUAACCAAAAAGAGCCUAACUACUGCCAAUGUGGCGGUAGCACCACCAUUGGAUCUUUUAACGCCAAACUAUAUAAAUGAUCUGCGAAAAAAUUCGAUCUCAGAAAACUGGCGGAGAAAAUGGUGAAGCUAGUGGUGGCAACGACGACGGAUCCAGCAUCAAUGAACCCAGCGAAGGAGCUGUUAGCUAUGCCAGGGUGGCAACCUGGCCCCACCUUAGAUCAAGGUAUCAGAAGUUACAGCAAUGGAGAUGUCAGGUUGUUAGAACAUGACAAAGGCAUUGUGGAAGAAGAUGAUUUGGAUCAGCGUUGGGAGAACGCUACUGGUCAGCCUGUCGACGAGGUUAUCUUCCUUAGUAAACACACUGCAGUCUCUAACCGCCCCGCUGUCACCAUCCAUCCUAUUGGGGUGCCACAUUUGAAAGAGGGGGAUGUUCCACCACAAGGAGGGAGGCCAGGGUGGGCGGCACCACCAAAUCCAAGGAUGGGGCCAUGGAUGACUCUUUUGAAUAAAAUUGCUGAGUCUCAUAAUCUCGUUCCCGAAUUUGAAAUUACUUUUGAAGCUACUCAUCAUGGACCCGUGACAACUAAACCAACAAUGUUCGUCGAGAUAGGUAGCACUGAGGAGUACUGGAAGAGGCAGGAUGCUGCUCGUGUUGUUGCUCUAUUAGUCUGGGAAGGACUUGGACUUGGAGGAGGUCCUCCAGUUGGAAACUGGAGCAGUGUAUCUGCAAAUAACAAAGUCCUUCUUGGGAUUGGUGGAGGACAUUAUGUGCCACGACAUAUGGAUGUGAUAAAGAAGGAUGGUUGUUGGGUCGGCCAACUUCUCUCUGGUUACUCCUUACCAAUGGAAGAUCCUGGUCCAUCAAAAGGUAAAGUAAGCGCGCAAGAUAUUGCCGGGACUUGGAGAGACUCAAUUAGAGCAGCAUAUGAUGCUACCAAAGCAGGUUUUCCUGGUGGAGAUAUUCUGGCACAUCUUGAUCAGAAGAGUUUCAAGGGCUGGCAAAAGAAUGCGAUUACUGAAUUCUUAGUUGCACAGGACAUUAAAAUUGGCAAGCCUGGUGAUUUCCGCUGAUUGUGAACAACUUUAGCAGUUCUUUUAGGUCCUUAUUACUGGGUGAAGUUAUUAAGGUCAACAACUUCCAUACUUUUUGAUUAGAUGUACUUGUAGAGAAGGUUGAAGCAAUAGAUUCCAAAUCAUAAUACAAGCAUAUCGUACACUAGAAAAGAACCUUGUACAUCAUAAGGGAAAAAAGAAGGGAAACAAUAUUUGAAUCAAUAUAGGCAAGUAUAAUGAUCUUUUCACUUCUGUAUUAAACUGAACUUCCGAUGUUGUGCUUUUGGUUUUAUGAUUAGUUCUUCCUAUUGGACUUAUUAAAGAAUCCUGACGACAUUCUCCAUCCA